AUGACAGCACUCCCAGUGGAGCUGUCGCUAUCGGUAGGACAGCUGCCCGAUCUCUUCCCCAACUCUGUGCAGUUACUUCGUAUGGCAAGGUCGGGCUUCCUGCAUCUGGAUGCCAAGACAGGGCCGGACGCAGAGAUUGAGCUGCUGGACAAAGCCAGCACGAGAGUGGGGCACCUGAAAUUCCACAUGGACACCCACGGAUACCUCCUGGAGCGCCCAGUGACUACGGCAAUUCGCGCGGAGGUGCCAGCUGGCGUUGAAGUGCUGCACACUGAGAUCCUGGAGACUGGGGAGGUCGACGCGCCCAACACACCCCCGGCCAAGGCUGCGGCAAGCAUGCAGGAGUACAUGAUGGUGCCGGAGGGAGAGAGCGGCCCUCAGGAAUAUGUGAUGGUGUCUGAGGGAGAGAGCGGGCCGGUGUGCGGCUCGCGCAUGUACACGGUGGUGGAAGACCGGCCGGUGGAGAUGGAGCGGCACACGACCAUCCUGGAGCACCACAAGUGGGAGAAGACAUUUGUCAUCGAGACCCGCUGUGCCGGCGAACGCGAGCUGUCCGACCAGGCCAGGGUGGAAGUUGUCAGCAGGACGGAGCGGGUCAUAGCAGUGGCGAAGGCCGACCCCUAUUUCGCAAGCGAGCAGGGCGUUCGGGGACGGCAGCCAUACGCGAUCUUCCAAAUCGGCUACGCCAGGUUCCACACAGGGCCGCUGAAGGACCCUGGGCGUGCAGCACUUUGGCCAGGCACUCACAGCACGACAGGCUUCAGCUUCGACGAGUGCCGCGAGCUCUUUGCUGCUGUCUAUGACAAGGCUGCCGUUGCAGGUCAAACACUGAUCGGGAUGGGGCAACAGAAGCUGGAUGCUUCCACAGGAACAAAGGGUUGCGUCAAGCUGCAGCAGGCAGAUGGGAAGCCCAUUGGGCAGCUGAGCUUUGACCUGGACACCCAUGGGUACGAUUUCACCCGCCCUGAGGUCUGGAAGAUCGUGCGCGGCUUUGGGACGGUGUCAGAUUGGAUGGCACCGGUCGGGCUCGAACGCAUCUCAUCAACCUUGCUGCCUGGCAGCAUUGAAGGGCAACUUGGCGCGUUGCGCCGCGUGUGCUUUGGCGAAAUGGGUUUUGUGGAGCAGCUGGACGGUCUGGAUGACGACCACCGAAUAAUAAAAUGGCGAGUCAUCUCUCACCCGCUGAACACAAAUCCCUUCCCGGGCUCCUUCCUGAACUACAAAGCCAAGAUCAGGCUGCGCGAUGUCACCAUCAGCACGGCCACGUUCCUGGAGAUCGAGGCCGAGUUUGACACUGAACACACGAGCGCGGAGGCGAUGCGGCGGGAGUUGACGGCACGGCACGAGGCGAGCAUCCGAGGGCUGCUCACAUUGCUGAGUGCCAAGCCCGCUCAGCAGGCCAACGUGCAGGCGAUGCUUGCCUCACUGCCACUCGGAGCGGGGGGCAGCGUGAACAGGAGUGGCGGGUCUUCCAGCGGAGUUCCCUACCCCAGCGGGAUCGCAUCUGCGCCCAUGCCCAAUGCUGCCACCGUGCUGCCUAAUGGCACUGGAGUCAUGCUGCCUAACGGCCAGGUUGCACUGAUCCCCGACAUCGCAAAAAUGAGCGUGUCGAAUCCCGGCAACAGCGGCGGGCAGUCUCACCUGGUCAACAGCCUGGGCAAUAGCACUGGGGGUGUCAGCGUGAACAACAGCGGCGGCGUUGACUUGUCCGCCAGCCUGGCAACCUCCAGGGUCCUCGCAUCGAACAACCUCGCAGCCCAGCAGGCUUUGGCGGACGCCUCAAAGGCGCUGCACCAGCAGCAUCUGUCGGCCCAGGCGCAGCUGGCAGGUGGCCUGCUACCUGGAGGUGCACCCUUGCCCGGCGUGCUUCCGGGAGGCAUUCCCUCUGGUGGUUCCCUGCCCGGAAUGCUGCCCGGCUCGCUGCCCGGAGUCCUGCCCGGCGCACUGCCCGGAGUGCUCCCCCAGGCCGCACACCCCAAUGCCAUUUUCGCCGCUCAGGCUGGAGCGGGAAUCCCGGGGCUGUCAGGCGGGUUCUCCGGGCCGGAGAUGGGGCCGCGCGACCUGCGCACGGCCAACAGCUACAACAGCUACACCUCCAACGAGUCCCUCGGCUCCAUCCGCGGCAACGCCCUCGGCCAAGCCCUGCAUCAGGUGCAGGCCGGCCUCCUGCCUGACCAGGUGGCGGCACUGCAGGCAUUACAGAAGCAGCACAACGUGCGGGUGGCCGCCUCGGACGGCCGCGCCAGCUUCGAGUCCAAUGACGCGCGCUUCCGCGCUCCCGAGCAGUAUGUGAGCAACUCCGGAGGCUCCGCCGCCAGCUUCACGGCAGCUUCCCCUCCCCGCCUGUCCCCCAGGUCCAUUGAGAAGGCAAAGACAAUUCUCAGCGGCGGCAUUGUGCCCGGCGUCCCUCCAGCCGCUGCCGCAGCCGGCCCGGCCACGCUCGAUGCCACCGGCCGGGUCACCAGCUUCUGA